AUGGCCACACCAAGCCCCGCCCCUUCACGGGUCGCCGUCAACGCUCUCCGUGGUGUUCUCUUGACAACGUCCUGUUCAGUCAUUAUCCUUGCUGAAGAACGACGCCGACGACUCAACAUCGCUCGAGCUGCUCUCGACAAUGCCAAAAAACUUCACACUGCGCGGGUGAACCGCAACUCAGCUGCGCUGGCUGAGAGCUACAGCAGUAGACGAGAAUCCUUUCCAGUUGAAAUUGCUCACGAUUUCUCGCAUGCACCUACCAACAAUGCUGUACGCCGUCGGCGAACAAGGAUUGACUCGCUGGAGCAUGAAUUAUCGCGCCUGAAGGAGAUUGAGCAUGUAGAGUCUUUUGAGACAACACUGCCUGAGGAUAGGGACUCAACAAGCACGCCUCAGAACCGCCAGAGGAGAUGGGACGACUGGGACGCAGCACGAAAGGAAUUAUCACGGAUAUCAGAAAACAGCGCAUUCUCUCACAACGCCCUUUCCAUCAGGUUAUCACCAGAGAUCAGGCUACCAACUACAUCAUCACCUAGGACACGACCAGCGAAUUCCAAGACAAACAAGGCCAGGAAGGGCGCCAGUACAGGCUCAACCAAAAUAUCCAUGAUGGAUAACACCUCAACGUCAGGCGAUGGACAAGUUGGCGCAAUAAAAUUAGAGCUAGCCGAUGAAGCCUCGAUAGGACAACAAGAAUCGUGGUCACGGCUGGAUAAUCUCCUUACGGAAAUGGAGACCCAGGACUUGCCACGCGAUGAGCGUGUCCAGAAUGAAACGAGAGCAAUCGAAAUGCUUAAAAGUCUGACCUUGACCUCUACGCAGAGUGAAGAGGCCCAGGAGGUUUUAUCAAGAGGCAUCCGGAUACUUCAGUCCACAGCAUUGUCUCGGGAGUACGGAAUCAUCCCUCUCAUCCUCGAAGCUGUCCGUCCCGUUUGCAACGAUAUUUGCCUUUUGGCCGUACCCUUCCUCGACAGUCUUUCCCGCAGCCGCGACGUUGAGGGUGUGAAGCACCUACUGCGAAGUUUAUCUCGCUUUGAGCCUCAGUCGAAGCAGGCAGUUAAUACCAAUCGCAGUGAAUGGGCCACUCGGCUACUUAUGCAUUACUGGAGGAAGACGAAGGACUUCCUGGAGGUCAAGACGAUUUAUACGUUACUCCAAAAAGGCGGUCUUUUUGACGACAGUGUAUUUUCUUCGUCUACACAGUAUGCUGUCAGACGCAGAAUUACCCUGAUCGCUCUAGAUGCUGGUGAUGACGCGACUGCAAGUGCAGAGAUGUCCCAGCUCCGUGAGAUGAGACCAAAGGCCUCGGGUGUCGACGUCAAGCUUCGUGGGAGAUUUAUUGUGCGCGAAGCUGAAUUGGGACAAUGGGACAAAGUUUUGGCUGGACUGGAGGCUUUUGGGCCUAAAGCAAAGCAAUCUGACCAGUUUCAGAAUGUUCUGUCCUGGCUGACAAAGAUCUAUUGCAAGGAUCACACAACCACGGAGAUGGAUAUUUUUGUGAGAAAUCUUGUCAGCAACCACCACAUGAGUUUGAACAAGCCCCUAGCUUUCUUUGUUAUGGAUAGGCACGGCCGAACCCGCAAUCUUCAAGCUCUCGUUGCGUGGGUGCAGUUCUGCCAAGAUGGUGGCUUGGCAAUGGACCAGAUCUUCUUCAACGAGAUUGCCGACAAGUGCUGUAGAUACUGGAAUCUGUCGAGAGCUGACGUGAUCCGCAUGCUGAAGGAUGCACGAACUUCUGCACCAUGGCUGAAGGACCCUCUGUUGACCAGCUACGCCAGUGCAGGUGGUCUGCAUGAUCUCCACAAACCUCUGCCAGGAGAGAGGACAGAUUGCUAUGGAAUUGCCCCAACCCUGCCUGAACGCCGAGGCGACUCAAUAUCUAUCUAUGAGCGUGCAGCUUUCAAACAUAUGAAUACUCUGGCACUUGAGAACGACUGGACUGGCGUCUACAGCGCCUACAAGGAGGCAACUAAGAAGGGGCUUGGUGAUUCAUCACGAUGCCUUCGACUUGCUGUUGUCGCCAACAUCCACUUGGAAGGACCCCAUUCAGGCACAGUGACGUGUCUCAUCAACGAGGCAUACAUAAGAAAUCACGACAUUAGCGGUGCUUUGGUUCCUAUGCUGGUCGCUCGACUUGAGGCUGGCGACAACGUGAAUGAUUUACUCCGCGAGAAUCUUGCCAAGGGUCAACACAUUCAUGACAGUGUAUACAACAAAGCGGCUCGUGUUCUCACUCAAAAGGGUAAUCCUGAAGCCGCGAUCAAGGUCUGCGAAAUGGCAGCACAACAGAAUGGUAUGGGUGAGCUGGCAUACAACAAGUUCAACUUUGCCAGCCUCAUCCACUCCUAUACUGGACAAGGACGUUACAGAGAUCUGAUGUCACUUAUUGCAAGCUUCAUAUCCAAGUCAGAAUGGUGGCAGGGUAGCAAAGAGUGCAAGGAGUCAGUCAAGUUAGCCAUGAAGCAUGUGGCAUCAAGGGCAGCCACGGACCACAGGCGAGAGGACACGCAUAAGCAAGUACUAUUGCGUCUUGACGAUGCUCUUGAACAUAUCAAGUCCUUGAGGGCGACGAAUAAACAAGAGCGGGAGGCCGUUACUAAGGAGGUUGUUGGAGCUUUCAAGGCGGUGGAAGAGCCAGUGGCAUUUGAAGGAGGCUUCUUCCCAGAGACACAAUCCGGGCGCCAGACGCCAAAGGAUAAGCGGAAUACAGACUGGGAGUUGUCUUCAAGACGCGAUUCAACACCCCAAGUAUUGGGCGAGUCGAGGCACAGGAUCGUCGAAGAUGAAUUGCCUACUCGACAGCACAAGAUAGAGAAGAUCCGAACAUCACGACAUGAGCGGACGAAACGAGAGAGGACGCCCUCGCCUGAGCUUACUGAGGAUGACAUAUAUUUAGAGAAGGAAAUAGCCAGAGUAAUGGCUUGA